AUGAUUGUCUUGGCUUCUGAUGCCAUCAGUGGUACUCAUCACAGCAAACAUGGAGUUCACACCACAUUCACUGCAUCCCAGGUCUCGCAGAUUCCCCAACACUUGAUUUUCAAUGGGUUCGGAGGGAAUCCGUUUCCGCAAACUUUUCAAACUUUUAGCGCCGGAUCGCCAGUCGUUGCAAACGAGGCCUCAUUUCCUCAGACUAUUCCUCAACAUCUGUUGUCAGUUUGGAGAACUCCAGCAUACGUUCAAACAAUUCCCAAUCAUUUGAUCAGUUUGACACAACCGGCCCCUGCGGUCACAUUCACUCAACCGCAACCUUUGACCCAACAUUUCGUCCAGAGAGUAGAGCAGCCAUUAGUCCAACCUUUUACCCAACGAGUUGAGCAGCCAUUGGCUCAACCAAUGGUGGAACAACCACUGACACCGACCUUUGCUCAACCAUUGCCAGCAUUUCCGCGGAAUACAGUCUUUGUAUCUCCCGCUCAAAAAGGAAGGACACAAGCAGUAGUGCCGACACCAGUCGUACAACCGUUGCCUAUAGUUUCGCAACCAAUCCCUGAACCCAUUGCCGUCUCCGUUGUCUCUCACAAAGAAUCUCCGAUAACUUCGACCUCAUUUACCGGAACACAGCCUCUGACCACUAAUACACAAACUUUGACUAACACUGCCUUUCAAACGCCUACAAAACCAUUGAAUUUUGCCCCCCAUUUACCCGAAGUACAAAAAGAUAAUCAACAACUUUUUAAUCAAACUGAUGAUACAUUUAAAGCAUCGCCGACUCCCAUCAACUUUCAGCAAACUUUCCAAACAUCAGACAAUUCACAGACAUUCACAGACACCACAUCCACACGACAUGUGGAGCCAAACACUCAAACUUUCAGCCAAACAUUUACUCAACCAAUCGCUCAAACACUGUCUCAAUCGGUGUUCACCACAACUCAAGUGAAGCCCUUCACUCAAGAGGUACUGCCGACACCAAUGCACACCACUUUCAAUACUAAUCCUUAG